CAAAUCCAUACAAGUCAGACAGAGGUCUUGCCGACGAGAUAAUGCAACUUAAUGAGAGGUUCAAAACGCCUCCGCAGCUCUUGCACAAUUGCCCCCUCCCUCUCUCUCUCUCUUCCUCUCUUACUUGGAUGACAGCAAAUAUGAUGUCCCUAAAAGCAUUUCAAUCCCCUUUUACUCCAAACAAGCACGCUUUACUCCGAGGAAGAGAUUACUCCAAGAGGAAGUACACCAACCUCCUCCUAUGCAAGGCAAACGAAUCAGAUUCGGGAACACCGCCACCUGAAGGAGAUAGAAGAAAGCAGGAAUUGCUUGCCCGAAUAGCAAUGCUGCAAGCCCAAAAACUACGUCUUACUGAUUACUUAGAUGAAAGGUCCGCAUAUCUGACCCAGUUUGCAGAAGAAGCCAAUGCUGAAAUUGAUCAAAUAGGUGAAAAUGCUCUCAAAGAACUUGAUGAAGCUGGCUCCAGGAUAAUGGAAAACAUAGAGAGCCAGAUGCAAGCCUUUGAAGAAUCGGCAGAAUUGAAUAAGCAGGAGAUUGAAGAAAGUGAGAAGAAGUUGGCAGAUUUCGAAGGCCAAAUUGAGGAGGACAGAAACGAAGGUCUGUUCUUCAAGAACUUGCGCCAGAAAACACCCCCUGGAAAAGAGAGAGCUGAGGAGGAGAGAAUGAAGCUUAGAGAGCUUACCAAGGAAAAUGCUGGGUCUAAAACUAGGAGGAACAUUUACCUUGCACUAAUAGGCUUGGUACUUAUUGGAAUUUGUGAUGCGUCGAUCACUUCAUCAUCUGACUGGCGUAAGGUAGCAGUUCUUGGAGCAAUCUUGGUGGGUUUGCUUUCUCAACUCCUCUACGAGCAAAUGAUGUUGUCAGAGACAGAAAAAACAGAACAAAACAAAAGCAAAAUAGAUAAAGAGUGAUUUUUUUUCUCCCCACACCACUGAGAUAUUUGAUUUCACUAUAGCAGUUUAAGAGAAAACAAUUUGAGUGUCGCAUGAGUUAUAACCCCAAAUAAGGUCUUACCAUUUGGGGCUAAUACAUCAAGCAAAUUUAGUUUUGCA